CUUUUUAAAAAAACAUUACCGUCAAAUUGCAUAUCAUUAAACUCAAGAGAUGGACAACAAAUAUUCCAGGAAUCCUAUCAAUCAGGGCAUUCAGCGUGUUUCUUUCCUCUAGUAUCACAGUUCAGAACCCAAGACGAACCUGCAUUUUGUGCCUUAACAUCAAUGGUCAUGAUUCUGAACGCCUUGGAAAUUGACCCCGGAAGUAUUUGGAAAGGGCCAUGGAGAUGGUAUGAUGAGCGGAUGUUGCUAGGAUGUCCGCCAUUGAAAGUUGUCAUUAGAAUUGGCAUGAAUUAUGACGAGUUUUUAAGUGCCACUGUAUGUAACAAGCUAAGUGUUGUGAAUGUCAGAGUGGACGACAAUUCGGAUAUCAGAAAAUUUAGAGAAUGUGUUCAGAUGUGCACCAAAAGUGACAAGUGUUUUCUUGUAGCCACUUAUUCUAGAUGCGCACUUAAUCAAAAUGGUGGUGGGCAUUUUUCGCCCAUCGGUGGAUAUCAUCCGGAGAAAGACAUGAUUCUGUUAUUGGAUACUGCUAGGUUUAAAUAUCCACCACAUUGGAUAUCUAUAGAAUCUCUGUUUAAUGCCAUGAAAGUCAUUGAUGAUAUAACAGGUAACUUUUCUUUCUGCCAAUUGACGGGCACUAGUGUCACAAUAGUUCAGACUUGUGUCCUAAAUAUUCACAGCAAUUUCAGAUAG